AUGCUAAUUGUGCUGAAAAUGCAACAGACAGAUUUAGCAAUCUUCCAGAUUCUUUCCUUCCUCUCUUUCAAAGAUCUCACUCGAGUGGGCGCCGUGUCGAAAAGAUGCAGGCAAUUUCAUCUAUCAGUUCCGGUCUUGAGUUUUGAUUAUUCAAGUUGCAAACCACGUGGAGUAACCAACCAGAAGAUAGUGAAGUUGAUGAGCCCUUUGGAUAGGUACUUGUGUUAUCGUGGUGAUCAUAGGAUGCAAGUCUUCAGCAUUAAUUGGAGCUGCUUUGGAUCUGAACAAGCGAGCAAGUUUUCUGAUGAUCAUUUUCGGGUGAUCACCUGGAUUGUUAAUGCGGUAAGGUGCAAUGUUGAAGUGCUUGAUCUCCGUUUGGCAUGUGAUUUUCUUGCGCUUCCAUCUUGCGUUUUUCUUUCUAAGUCUUUGCAGUCUCUAUCAGUGCAUUUGACUUGGAUGAUUCUUGAAGCCCCGUCUGUAUCCUUUUCAAGUAAUCUCUGUUACUUAAAACUGGAAAAAGUUACAAUAGUGGAUGAGAGGUUUUUCAAAUGGAUCUCACGUUCCUGCAAAUUCCUGAAGGAAUUACAGCUUAUUUGGGUUUGGAUUCGAGGAAUGCGAAAAAUCUCUAUUGAAAGUUUUUCUUUAGAAUCCCUUCUUGUUUGGAUCAAUGAUCCUAACCCUAUUCAUCUGAACAUCUCUGGUCAGAAAAUUGAAAGUAUUGAUAUAAGCUUUAAGGAUUACCACGCACUAACGAGCAGCAUAGAGGUGAAUAUUUUUGCUCCAAAUCUGAAAUAUUUGAAAUGGGAAGGCAUUUUGAACAAUAGUCUGAAUCUGGGGAAAUUAACUGGUUUGGAAAAAGUAGAGAUUUUUUUAGCGUCUCAGAGAAAUAAAUUUGAUGAAGUAUUUGAGAAAUUUGAUAAAGUAUUUGAGUUUCUUCAUAGUGUACGCUGGGCGAAGGUUCUUAUCAUAAACGAGGAGACCAUGAAGGCAUUCAAGGAAGGUUCCAUGUCAGCACCAUUGGAUAAUAUUCGUAAAUUGGGUAUUCAUUGUAGUAGCUUGAAAGAUGACCUUGUCCCAGCAAUGGUCUCUCUUGUUAGAGGAAUGACUAAUUUGAAUAGUCUAUACAUAAAGACGCUACCUGACGGAGGGGACACCAAAUCUGUAGUAAGUUCUGGGUUUGGUAUGGGAUACUGGAAAUUGCAAAACCUUGCUUUUGUUCGUCAGCUAAAGGAGGUAACCAUAGAGCCUUCCACUGGGUCUAAUGAAAUCGAAUUUGCACGGUAUAUCCUGGAGCAUUCUCAAAAUUUGAAGAAAAUGUUCCUUUUUCUUCAUCAUGGAGCUGAGCAAUCAAAAGUAGCAGGAGGAAUGGUAAGCCGUAGCAAGAUGAUUUCUACUGCCACAAUUGUCAUUCGGGGUUCAGGGAUGCAGAAUCAUGGAGCCAGUGACUAA